AGUUGCACCGUCAGACUGCAAGAUGACAGCUUCUUCCCGGCAAAAGGUCGUUGUGGUGGGUGCGGGGCCCGUGGGGUCCCUGGCGGCGCUCUACGCGGCCAGCCGAGGCGACGAAGUUGAAGUAUACGAGUUGCGCGGAGAUCUGCGCGAUCCCGGAACGGUGCCGCUGAACUUUACCAAGUCGAUCAACUUGGCUCUGUCAGAGCGCGGUAUUGCCUCGAUCCGGCAAUCACAUCGGCCCGGUCUGAUUGAAGAUGUGCUUCACGAGACGAUCCCCAUGUUCGGGCGGAUGAUCCACGGCCGAGAGCGCGGGCAGCUGUGGGAGGCCGCACAGGCCUAUGACGUGCACGGCCGAGCAAUCAAUGCAGUUGAUCGGGGUACUCUCAACAACGCUCUGCUCGAUGAGCUCGAGCGGACCCCGAAUGUCAAGCUCUUUUUCAACCACAAGCUGACUGGUGCCGACUUCCGCACCAACAAGGCUUGGUUUGAGCGCCGUAUCCCCGGCGAGACUCCUCAACCCGACUCGCUGGGUGUUGCUGGACGGUCGCCCGAGAUCGAAGUGUCCUACGACUACCUCAUCGGCGCUGAUGGUGCACACUCAGCUACCCGCUACCAUAUGAUGAAGUUCGCCCGCGUCGACUAUCAGCAAGAGUAUAUCGACACAAUAUGGUGCGAGUUCCGGAUCCCGCCAUCGGAGAAGGGAGAAUUCCGCAUCUCUCCGAACCAUCUCCACAUUUGGCCCGGGCGCGAGUUCAUGUUCAUCGCCCUGCCAUCGGCUGACAAGUCAUUUACAUGCACGCUCUUCGCGCCCUCGGCGCAUUACACAUCGCUGGAAAAUGCGCACGAAGAUCUGCACGCAUUCUUCGACGAGCACUUCCCGGGAGUCUGCCCCGAACUCAUCGACCCCGAGGCCCUCCGCGAACAGUUCAAUUUCAACCCUCACUUGCCAUUGAUCAGCAUCAAGUGCCGGCCUCACCAUCACGGUUCCACUGUCGUGGUAAUCGGUGACGCAGCGCAUGCCGUUCUGCCUUUCUACGGACAGGGCCUCAACGCCGGCCUUGAAGAUGUGCGGGUCUUGUUCGAGCAACUCGACGAGCACGGCGUUUACGACCCGGACACCAGCGUGUACACCCGCAGCGUUAGACGUCAAGCGGCAUUUAAGGCGUACACAGACGUGCGCUGUGAUGAUGCGCAUGCGAUAAAUGAUUUGUCGAAAGAGAAUUACCUCGAGAUGCGAGCGGGCGUGAAGUCCCCUCUGUAUAAAUUGCGGAAGUCCAUCGAGGAAACCAUCGAUCGUCACCUGCCGUUCCUUGGCUGGAAGACGCAAUAUGCUCGCAUCAGCUUCAGCACGCAGCGAUACUCGGAGGUUAUACAGGCGGUCCAGCAUCAGAGUCAAAUGCUGGGAAUCGGUCUCACCUCGGCGAUGAUCACUGCCGCUGGGGCACUGUCAGUGUUGAUGUGGAAAUAUCCACGAUAUUUUUCACCCGUGUCUUUCGCCCGGUGGUCAUUACACGGUCUAGCAAAUGUGUGGCCACGCCUCCGGUUUGUGAAUGCAGAUUUUCCUAAAUAG